GUUAUUUAAAUAUAGGACUAGUAUGGAUAAUCUACUUCUAUGCAGUGAACACUUUGAAGAAUGGAUAGUACGUUGAUCGUUUGCUUGCCUGUACUGUUACUAGCUAGCGUUAGCUAAAUAUCAUGGCAUGUCAAAUUCAGUUCCAGGCAGCUUGAUCUAUUCUCAUAGAAUGAUAAAGCUAGAUAGCUGCUAGCUAGAGCUGCAUGGUUUUUUCUUCAUUAUAACAAGAGUAACGUUAGCUACAUGUCUAUACUCUGUUUUGUUAUGCAGAUUACAAGAUAAUCAACAAAAUUGGAGAAGGGACAUUUUCAGAAGUGGUGAAGGCUCAAAGCCUGAAAGAUGGGAAAUAUUAUGCGUGUAAAACGAUGAAGCAGUCACUCAGCAGGUAACUAACUAUCAGGUGUGCUGCCUUAUAAUGGUUCUGCCAGCUGUUUGCCUUGAGGUGCUCUACAUCCUCUGUGUGUAUGGACCCUUGCCUUGAAACUUCAGCAAGCAGCAUGACACCCCUGCCUAUCCAACUGGGAGUCACUGUCAACAUACCCUGACUCUGACCUAGUGAGCUUGACUUAGGCUAGGGACAAUGUUGCUUUUUUGCUCUGAUUUUUUAAAAGCCUGUACAUUAACUUUUUACCUAUAACCACAAGCAUUUCACUACACCCGCAAUAACAUCUGCUAAAUAUGUGUAUGUGACCAAUAAAAUUUGAUUUGAAAAAUUUGAUUUAUAUAGCUAACUACUCUUAACAAAUUAACCUGUCAAUUUUGUGAAUCGUCUUUGAAAAGAAGGCAUGACAUGUUCUCUACAAUAUAAAGAUAAAGUUAAUUGAUCAUGUGUUGGUGGUUAUCAGUCUGUUGGUACACAGUUAAUAACAGGUUUCGCUACAUCUUUUUUGUUUGUUGCUCAGCCUGGAACAGGCCAACAACCUGCGAGAAGUCCAGGCCAUGAAAAGACUGAACCCUCACCCAAACAUCAUUCAGCUGCAUGAAUUGAUAUUGUGAGUACAAUGUUUGUCCCUGUCUUUUUAAUUGUUUGUGUGAAUCCUCAACCGAAUAAUAACAUGAUAAUUUUGUCUGAUUCAUUCAAUGUGUUACAGUGACAAAGAGUCAGGGACCCUGUCCUUGGUAUGUGAGCUGAUGGAGAUGAACAUAUACGAGUUCAUACGAGGUCAGACGCACAGUGAAACUGCUACUCUGAAUGACAUGAAACAUCUACCACAACUGUAAAUACCGCAUAUCAAAUACUAUUCCUCAUUCAGUUAUCUUGUGCAUUCCUAACUUGUCUCACUUGCAGGUAGGCAACAACCUUUGCCAGAAAGUAAAAUCAAACACUACAUGUACCAACUUUGCAAGUCAAUCGAUCACAUGCAUAGGUAAGAAUGAAAAUAUGGAGAGGAUCUUGUCCAUGUAUAGAUACAUUUCAGUUACAUUUCCUACAGACCUUUCACUGGCACAGAGGAGGGUUAAGGGUACGUUUUUUUGCUUCCCCUAAAAGUAAACAGUUGUGCUGUAUUGUUAUCUUGGUACAGCAACGAGAUCUUUCACCGGGACGUUAAGCCAGAGAAUAUUCUAAUCAAAGUAAGUAAAAAAAAACCAGAUGAUGCUGAAAACCUUGCCUGCUGAUUUGUAAAUAAGAACUGUUACUGUUACAUUAUUUACCAUAUGUUGUCCAUGACUUGGUUGGUUGCUUCCAUAGCACGACGUGCUCAAACUAGGAGACUUUGGCUCGUGCAGGAGUUUGCACUCCAAGCCCCCCCACACAGAGUACAUCUCCACCCGCUGGUACAGAGCCCCAGAGUGCCUCCUCACAGACGGCUAUUACUCACACAAGAUGGACAUGUGGAGUGUAGGAUGUGUUUUCUACGAGAUCAUCAGGUACCUUUCAUCGAUCAUCAAAUUAGACACAGAACUGCUUAUGUCCUUUCUAGUAUGAGAAGUUGGUUAUAGCCUUAGUGUUGUGUUCCUCUACGGCCGAAGCCGCAGACAUUCGUGAACACCUGCUGUCGUGUAAAUAGCCUUGAUGACAUCACAGACGAUCAUGUUUGUGUAUUUCAGUCUCAGCCCUCUGUUUCCGGGAACCAAUGAGUUGGAUCAGGUGACCAAGAUCCAUGAUGUUUUGGGUACACCUGACAGCAGUCUCCUUCAAAAAUUCCCUCAGUACGUUGGUUAGAUACGCUUAUCAUGUAAUGAAGACCAAUGACUUACAGUAUGUUCAGUGGAAACCAUUGUCCUCAGUGACAGUGUUGUGCAUUUAUGUUUGACAGGUCUAGGGCGAUGCGUUUUGACUUCCCUCUGCGGAAAGGCAGUGGAAUAUCUCCGCUCAUCCCAAACUGUUCAGCGCCCAGUCUGUCGUUGCUCUACCAGAUGCUGGCCUACGACCCAGAGGAGCGCAUUGGCGCAAGAGCUGCGCUACAGCACGUCUAUUUUAGAGAGCUACGGUAGGCACACACUACUGUAGAACAAACACACACAGACAUACUGUGCCUUAUAAUUGUAGUGUGUGUAGUGUGAAAGAUAAAGUAUUUAAUUGUUCAUAUGGUAAAUGCCAGCUUCCCUCCUCCUGUCCUCUUGCGUCCUUGGUCUCAGGCUGGCGGAGAGGAGAGCUGAUAGUCUGCGCAGGGCCAUUGUUACUGUAGAGGGAGGAGAGAGCAGUGGGACCCCCAACUCUGUGGAUCACCUGCGGCGCUUGGCCAGACAGGGCAGGAGGCAGGUAAGAGACAGACACAUCUCCUAAAAAAGUUGAUCCUACAUCACAUUUUAUGAGGUAAUCAACCACAUUACAAAAAGGUAGGAUAAAAUGUCUUGAAUAUGCUACAUACUGGGAAAUGGACAAAAUAUUCCGUAAUUUGGAUGUACUUUGCGCUACUAUGAUGGGGCUAGUCUCCCAAGAUAUAAAUAUUUGUCUGUUUGGCAGCACAACACAAAGCAUGUUGCCGAGCCUCUGAUCAGACGCAACGCCCCACAGGUGGAAUUACCAAAGCUCAAUGUGGUAGUGCCUGCACCCCAGAUCACCUACCCUGUUAGCACAGUGCCAGCUCUCACCAUCACUCACCGUGGGUCCCUCCCUGCCAUCACAUCAAAAAAGUGCCACUCCCGGUUGGCUAAGGUAAACACACUGUAUUGCAUGUCAGGACAUCCCUACGGCUACUCCCUUUGACAAAAAGUCCUGUACAGACUUUGUUGCACACAUCAUAAAGAACAUCUGAAGCUGUGUGUAUCAAGCAUCUCAGAAUUGGAGUGUUGAUCUAGGAUCAGAUCCUCCCAGUCCAUGUCAUCUUAUUCAUUAUGAUCUAAAAAGCAACACUCGUCCUAGAUCAGCACUCCUACUCCGAGACCCUUGAUGUACAGCCUGAGAACUCAAUAGAAUGGCGUCCGUGUGUUGUUCAUAUUUCUGUUAAUAACCCGUUUGUGUCUCUUUUCCCAACAGCCAAGGGAUGAGUCCCACUGCGCUGCUUUCAAGACCUACUAUCUGCCUCCUCUGGAUAGGAAACCUGGUGGCUACUGAGUGCCCCAAAACGUACCAACUGUUGCUGUUCAACAGACCUGUUGUACCAGCUGUACAUACUCGGAUCUGCAUUUGGUUGAAUAAAGCUACUCAGCUACUGCAAAGCCUGCUGCUUUCUGGUGAGCAAUGCAAACAUGGUGUUGGACAAAGGAAUGUCUCGUAGCAAUAAUUACUAGAGUUAAUUUGUAUAAGUAAUCAUUCCGGCAGAUUAAAUACAACAUGAUCCCCAAAGUAUAUUUGACUCUGUCAUCAGUGUUAGGCUAAUGAGAUUAUGCCCAUUGCCUGUUAUUAACCCAGACGUUUCCUAACUAAAUUAGGUGUCAUGUUAUUAACGUUUGUUGAUAAAGUUGCUUGAAAAGUGAGCUAAUGACUACUCGCAUGCAACGCAGAACUUCAAGGACGAGCUCUGAUAUA